GCGGCAUUGGCGAUUCAUCGUGGCGAGCACAUCAGCCCCAUAGCGUCGUCGACGACGUCCACAAUGCGCCGCCAUGAGAACGCGCACGCCAGGAGCAGAGAACAUGCCCUUCCAUUCGGAAGGCUGCAACCGUCGUUCCUGCGAUUGUCGUCGACAAUCCGUUCCAGUGCUCGCAGUGUCGCCGCUGAGCCCACGAGCGAAGCGCAGGAAGACACCAGCCGUACGGUCGACGAGUUCAAGCUACCGCGGAUGUCCUGCCUAUGCACGAUGAUUCUGUGCAACGUGUUUCUGCAGCUGUCGUUCUUCGUCGUCGUUUCAUCGUCGAACGAGUAUGCCAAACACCUAGGAGGAACAUCGACGUUCUCCGGUGUCGUAAUCGGUAUCCCAACCGCGGUUUCAGGCCUGGCUUUGCUGCCCAUUAUGAAAUACGAUAGAAAUGGCUAUAAAAUACCCCUGCACAUUGCUUGCGCCUCCGCCAUCCUCGGACACAUCCUCUACGCGCUGGCUUACAAGACCAAUUUUCUGUACCUCAUUCUCAUUGGACGCAUGGUGAACGGCAUAGCCUUUACCUCCUUCAUGUACACCAAAAAGUACUGCUCCGACUCGCGUGUCGUCGGCAUCCGGCGCCGGACCACCCUCGCCUCCUGGCUCGUAAUGGGCCAAGGCGUCGGGAUGACCCUCGGCCCCUUCGCCGGCGGUCUCCUCUUCAAAAUCGGCUUCGCCAACCCCAUCUUCAACGGGUUCACAAGCCCCGCGUGGAUCAUGGCUAUCGUCUGGCUCGGCUUCUGGAUCUUCAGCGCCGUCUUCUUCGAAGACCCUCCCGCUCCCGCCACUCGGGCCACUCCGCUCUCCCCACUCCCUGCGCCCCAAGAAGACCCCUCAGUCCCGCCCUCCACCGACGUCUCUACCGCCGCGCUCAUCCCCGAAGACGACGACACCCACCGCAUGACACCCGGCCGAUGGGGCGUCUGCGUCUGCAUGUGCUGGUUCGCCAUGACCUGCUUCUUCGUGCUCGGCGCGUGGGAGGCCAACCUGCCCGUCUUCGGCGCCGCCUCGCCGACCUUCCGCUGGACCGCCUUCGGCGCCGGCAACUUCAUCGCCCUCGGCGGGAUCUGCACGUUCCCCUUCCUCCUCCUCAACCUCCUCGUCGCCCGCCGGAUCCAGGACCGCAAGCUCCUCCUCUUCGGCACCUCCGUCGGUUUCGCCGGCUUGGCCAUCUUCCUCGCGCUCCUCAACACCGGCGCGGUCCGCUACGGCAGCCUCUUCGUGUGCUGGUUCGCCGUCGCGCUCGGGUUCAACCUCGCCAGCACGGUCACGCUUAGCCUGUUGAGCAAGCAACUGCCGCCCGAGUGGAAUGGCCGCACCAGCCUCGCGAUUCAGUACAGCAACUACACCGGUCGUGUCACGGGCGCCAUCUGGGGCGGUAGCGGCGUGGCCGUCGGGAUGUCGAACUACGUCGGGCUGGAGAUCGCCAUUGUGGGCAUCGGCGCAGCCCUCUUCUUGACGUUCUGGCGCAGCCUGAAAGCGAAAACGGGUUGAAGGUCGCGGUCUGAACUCAUUCAUAGCACGAUGACCCCAUAGGACCGAGCGAAUCAGAGUGAAUAAUCAAAUGAAACCCAUCGCCGCAAGCUUUCACGAACAUUGCGAAUGCUGUUGCAGCGUCUGAC